UCCCUCAGAAAUUUAGAGAUGGAGCAUAAUUUGGGCGUUGGAGGAGCUGAGGUCGUAACACUCCACGAGAUGGGUUUUCCCGAAGCCGCCAGGUCUUUUGGAACGCAUCAGAUUGAAGCUGCUCCAACCAGCUCUGCAAGUGACGGAUUUAAGGCAAAUCUUGUCUUUAAGGGGAUUGACAGGAAAGCUGAAGAGAUAGGAAGGCUGACCGCCCAUCAGUGGCUGACUUAGACUUACUGGCUUUAA